AUGGCCGCCGUCAUGGAAGCGCCGUCCCUACCGGCUGCCCAGGCUCUAGUCUGUCUGACCUUGUACUGGUUUGGUACCGGGGAUUCCAAAAGUGCCGAUUUAUGUCUUGUUUUGGCAUACAGGUUCUGCACUGUUUGGAACUAUAGAAGGCAGAUUUCUGAAGGAGCUCAAAGCUUGGACACUUCACUCGAAUCUGAACUGAAGCGUCGGUGCUUUUGGGCCUGCUGGGCAUCCAUGUGCAUCGUGGCUGAACCUGAACCCAUCUUCAAGGAUGCUUGGUCCGAGGCAGCGUUGUUGCCGCUGCCGUCGGUGAUAUCCAACGGGCCGUCUGGCUGGCAAGUAACCAUUGGGGAAUACAUGGACUCUGAAUGGUCUUUAAUGUCAGAAUUCAAUCAGCUAGAGCCCGGGAAAGAAGCUCCACCAUCGGCUGCAUUGAUCAAAAUGAUUGGAAUUUGGGCGAGAGUUCAACUUUUCGUCACCAAAUCCAUGCAUUACUCAUCUACCGAGAAAAUGAAUGCCCUCUCGAGUCUAGCGGCGCAAGCUACCUCUAUGCGUCACAGCAUUGUGCCUGGGCCGUAUAGUAAUUCGACGAGACGUGGGAAAUUGGAUAGCCGCCAGCAGUUCAUGGUUAUCGAUGCCUUCUAUUGUCUUUGUCACGUAGCUCUACACUCUACAAUUGUGCCAUUAUUUUCCGGCUCGCCACUCGAUCAACAAAUAAGUGCCGAGGAUGUGAGGCAUAGCGCUCAGGCUGUGUUAUACCAUGCAGAGUCGUUUACUUCGUCGCUGGCUGACUGCUUUGGUGGAGAAUUAGAUGUUACAUAUCUGCCUCCGGUCGUGGGCUACGGUGCUUUUCUAACAGGCUCAGUGCUUCUGGCCUUUGAGAUUUCAUACCAAGACAAAGAUGUGCGUCUCCAAAAGCACAGCAGAAUGUCUGCCGUUCAGUCAAUUGUUACAAUGCUCGACACUCUAUGUACUUAUUGGAAAUGUCUCAGACGCCCGUGUGAAAAGCUCCGAAAGGCGGCCAAUGCAGCAAUGUGUCAUGACCCGCGAGCAAUACCUGCUGGACCACAAACAAGUUUCCACACACAAUAUGGCCCUCGCUCAACGGUACAUGAUAGGAGAUAUUCUGGAAACCCGUCCAGUCCGCGCCCGCCUUUGCAUGGCGCGCCAGACGAGAGGCUGGCUCGACAGAACCCAUCGGCAUUGGUGCACAAUGACGUGAUGCAAACACAUACACCUGACACUCAACGUUCUGAUCAGGAUCCGCAAUAUGCUGUUGGUAGCAGCAUACCAAACACGUUACGAAGUGAUGGCACUGCGUAUAUCACAUCAAUAGACGAUGAGUGGUGGAACAUGCCCUUUACCUCAUAUGGUGACUUUCUUGGUCUUGAUCCAGUCAACCUCUUUCGUCAAGGCGAUGACCCUUUCGGUUAG